CUCCGGGCUGUGACUCACUCUCUCGUGCUCCUCUCUGGUUUGUCGCUGGGACUGAACCGAUAUAAACCAGGCGGAGAGACAGAGCCUUCCUCCCCUCCGUCUCGAGCUGCCCUCAAUCCCAGACUGGACUCCGACUGCGAACCAUGCUCACCAUGAACGCUCCGCUCCCGGCCAGAGAUCCGCCACUAUCCUGCCAGUGGUUCCAGCCAGCAAGUUUUCGCCUGCCCCAGGUUUGCCGACGCUGGAGCAAAAAUCGUUGCCAAACCUGAUGAACGACCACCCUGGGACACUCGAGUUGAUGUCUGACUGGAGUACGUUCGGCCCGUUCCCUGCUGCUCCUGUCCCGUUGUCGGGGCAGGAUCUGGAGGCGUGGUUGGAGGACUUGGAGAGCGUCCUGUACCCCUCACCAGCUGCCGACCGGCCGGGGCGGGUGGAGGAGGAGAGCAGGAAGCUGAAGGAGCUCUGGGUCGACGACGUGGACAGCGUCCUGUGCCCCCCGGACCCCGCAGAUGACCCUCAGCGCCUCAACCAGCUCCUGCUGGAGGACCUCGAGAGUAUUCUGUACCCGGCCCUGGUCUCGGAGGAUCACACGACGUCCCUAGGCAUCGCAGAGCCAGAAGCCUCGCCACCCAGACCCGGGGAGCGUCCCCCACUCUCUUCACACGCCCAGGGGCGCCGUGAGGACGAGCCCCUCCUGGCCGACGAACCGUGGCGCUGCUCGGACCUCCCCUCCAGCUCCUCCUCCUCCUCCUCCUCCCCGUCUCCCAGCUCCCAGCCGGGUCGGGAGCGGCCGGGAGAGGGUGCGCGGGGGACCAAAAGGCGGAGGAGGGAGGGGGGCCGCUGCCCGUCCUGCUCGAAGACCAGCCCGGGGGCCGCCCAGCUACUGGUGGAGAGUCUGACGCAGGAGAAUGAGAGGCUGAGGCACCGGAUCGAGGAGCUGGCCAGAGAGGUCCAGGAAGCCCGCGCGAGGCUCAUCCAGAAGGUGGUUGAUGCUCGCUGAGGGGGUCCCCGUCCCCACUGUCGUCUUCAUCUUUCUGUCUUUGGAUCACACCCCUCCCCCUGCCAUCUCUCUCUCUCUCUCCCCCUAUCCCCAGUCCCUCUCACCUUCCUCCAGUGAGGGGUGGGGGAGGGGCAGAGCAAGGGGUGCUACGCGAGCGGAUCCCACAAGAAUUCCCACCGCCCACCAGAAUUCUCCGCCACCCCACCCCCAGAUUGAGCUGGGGUGUGCGAACUGGCACAGGGAAGGGGAGGGUGGUUGGAUCUCACUUGACUCAGGUCCAGGGCACCUCCGUGGGUGAUGACCAGCUCCGAGAGAGAAUCUAACCAUCGCUCUCCCCCAUCCCUUGCCAUUCAAUGUCAUCAUUGACUCCCUCAGUAUCUAAAGAGCUUGUCAUUGACUUCAAGAAGGGGGGGUUUUGGAAGGGGGGGUGUGCAUUACCCCCUCUAGAUCAGUGGAACUGAGGUACAGAGUGUCGCGUUCCUGGGAGUGACGGUCAUUGAUGAUAUGUCCUGGAACUCUCUUGCAUCGAUGCGACGAGCAAGAAGUCACAACACCUCUCCUUCCUCUCAGGCGGCUCAGGACAUUUUCGGCCUGUCCCAUAAGGCCCCUCCCCAACCUCUGAAAACGUCGCCGUCCGAGUGCGCGACGGACCGGCAGGGAGACGGCUCUGCCCAGGGACCGUAGGAAGCCGCAGAAGGCGGUGCGUGCGCACAGCCCCAGACCGUCACAGAAACCGACCUUCCGUCCGCGGACUCCGGCUGCCUCAGAAAGGCGGCCAACGUCAUCGAAGACACCUACCACCAGUUAGAGUCGCUUCCGACCUCUUCCCUCAGGCAGAACUUUACAGAGGCUUAAACGUGCGCACCAACAGAUUGAAGAUCAGCUUCUUCCUCGCUGGUAUCAGACUGCUGAACGGACCUCUCCAAUUUUAAACCUGAUGUUGAUCUUGCUUUGCAGCCGUUAACUCUAUUCCUUGCUCUGUUCAAUCCCCCUGCGAUGUUUGUACAGUAUGAUCUAGCUACAACAUUCUCCCUGUACCUAUGUAUAUCAAAUCAUGGCGGGGGGGGGGGGUUACUGUCUCCAAA